AUGGACAUGAAGAUCAUCAAGGGCGGUUCCUCCACGGUGGCCAAAAGCUGCUACCGUGCUGGUGACGCUUUGGUCUUCGAGCUACAGCUACGUCAGGCCAAGAAAAUCGUUGGCUAUGCGUACGAGAUGCCUCUGCCAGACUACAUUGUGGCAGAUGAGCCAGGGCAGCCUGAGUUUGAAAGGCGUUCAACUCUUCAACUGCUUGCAGUUCAAGAUGGCAAAACGGUGGUGCUGGGACCAGCGCACAGCGACAUGGAGCGCAUCCAGACGGUCGGCGACGGCGCUUUCGCCCACUGGAAAGAGCCACUGCCGGAGGGCCCCUUCGGCACCAGCAAGCUUCACUUUUCCACACCUGGCAACGUGGAUUUGCUUCUUGGCUGGAAGUUAAGGAAAGCGAUUUCACAGCUCCGGGCCGUGGUUUUCCCGCUUUCCCCGCGCAUGGGCUUCGUGGAAUUCGUUCACAAGCCCAAUAAGAAAGCCAAGGACUACGAUCCUACGAAGAGGCGCCGGCGGAAGGAAAUUCAUCGCGAGCUCUUCUUCCAGACCUUCCCCACUCUUGGCGUGGAACCGCACUUGGCAGACAGGCCGCAGGACACUCUGCCCGGGGUUGCCUACCUCUGGCGAGCCAGUCAUCAUGAUGAGUUCAACUUCGACCUCCAGCCUGAGGAGGUAUUCGAAAAGCGCAUGCCCUAUGCGUUCGCAGAGUUCUUUGGCAGCUUCGAACAGACCGGGGCCGUCCUGUAUCCGCCCCCGGCAUGCUACAAGUACUACGAGAACAAGGUUGCGCUGACAGAGCUCUUCCAAGGAGCCCACGUGCAGAUGCCGAUGACCUGGGUCUUCCGCAAUCUGGCGGACGCCAUGGCACGCAAAGCGGAAGUACAACUGCCUGUGGUCAUCAAGGAUCCAUAUGGCUACUCCAGCAUUGGCCUGUUGCAGGCGGAGACAACAUCAGAGUUGACAGAGGCGUUGAAGGAGUUCUUCUCCAAGGCCAAGCCAGGGGUGGAGGCCCUGGUGCAGAAAAAAGUCCAAGCCUUGCGCGAGGCCCGUGUCACGUACGUGGAUGGACGCCCGUUCCACGGGUACUGGCGAAUCCGGCAAAGCCUCAAAAGCGCAUCGGCAGCGUCUACACGAGGUGGCUACCAGGAUUUCAACUUCCCCCUGGCCGAGUUGGCUCCGUUCAUUGCAAGCUUUGCCAACAAAACUGGGGUCCCAGUGGGAGGCGUGGACCUCAUCUGGCAGGAGAAGAACCCUGACCUUCACAAGGAGCCUUUUACUCUGGAGGUCUCUCCAACCAGCGACAUCAAUCCGCCCAGUCCUCCGGACUGGAAGGAGGGCUAUGCCGAGUUCAAGCACACCAAGGGCUUCCGCAACGCCUACAUCGGCAUUCGUCGCAAGUGGGCCGAAGCGAUGGCUCUAGCAGUUGUGGACCGGUGGGCCUGA